AUGCCUCCCAAAGGAAUGACUCUUGCGGCUUUCCUGCCAGCGCAGCUGAAGCCAGCAGAACAGCCUGCAGAACCCACGCAGCUGCCAAACGGGCAGCCACGGCCUCCGCGAUGUCGCUGCGAAGGGCCUUUUGACUUGUGUUGGCGCUACCCAGCUACCAUUCCAAACGCGGUGUGUAAACCAACCUGGGAAAGGCUACUCGCACCGUUCCAGUUCAAGGGACGCGAGUGGACGAUCGUGGAGCUCCGGAGCCUAUGGCCGCACACCGUCCAGGCGUUGAACGAACGACUGCUAAAGGGCCGGAUGGAACGCACCCUCAAGGAGGAUCUGCAGGAUGAUUUGCAGGUGUUGGUGGACCUCAUACAGCACUCGUGCAAACCGCACCCGCGACCCCCACGAGCCGGGAUGAAGACGCUUAUCGUACAGGGCCGUAUCCUGGCUGAAGCCAUUGCGCAGGUGGGGUGCAACCAUCACCCGCAAUCCCUGCUGGCGCCCGCGCUGCACGUGCUCCGUACACUUGGAAACACUGCCGUACACCUGGACCGCGACUCGGCGCGCCUGACGGAUGCGGAGAUUGGCGACGCGGCGGCGGUGUGCUGCCGGCUCGUGGUGCUGGUGGUGGAUGCGUACAUGCAGAUGUGUGCCAACCUGCACCGGCACGAGGAAACGCAGGAUGCACUUGCGCAGCCGCUGCUGGAGGGCCCCGUGGCGCCCAUUCCUGCACCUAAUGUACUGCUGCGCCCGCGGGAGCAGCUGCCGCCGCCGCCGCCGCCGCCGCCGCCACCGCCGCCACCAGGGGUGGCACCACCGGCAGCGCCGCCGGCGCAAGAGGAUGCGGGCGCCGCCGCCGCCGCCACCGCGCCGCCGGCGUUCGCUGCGUGGACGGCAAUGCGGACUUCACUACAUGCAUCCUUCUCAGCAACUCAUGACCGUGAUCUGAUCGGCCGGCAGGGCCGCGUCAGCGGCGGCAGCUGCGACGGCGGCGGCGUGACGACGGGGACGCCUACUAGCAAUGGCGGAGGAGGGGGGCCCGCCGCUGCCGCGGCCGCGGCCGCUACCACUGCCGUUGGCGCCACGCGUUUUGACAGCGGCGGAGGCAGCAGCAGUAGCAGCGGCGGCGGGCGGCGCUCCUUUACUGGCUCCGCCGACGGGGCCGCCGCUCGGGUGCCGUACAGCCUUGUACCUACCGAUCGGUCCCCGGUGCAGCAGCACGCACAGACGGCCUCGUCUUCCAUUAGCGGUGGUGGCGGCAGCCAGGGAUUCCACACUAUUGGUAGCCGAGGCUGGUGGCCGCGGGCCACAGGGGACUUAGUUUUGGAAACGCAUAUCGUACCACCGCCGCCGCCGCCCGUUCCGACGGCCCUUCUCCGCCGCACAGAAGGCCUCGGGACCGGCGCGGAGCAGCCGCCGGCGCCGCCGCCGCAGCUCCUGCCACAGCCGCGCACAGUAUCGGUUUCUAACUGGGUUCAGGGUCAUGCUAUGCCGUACGGCAUGCACCACGGCGUCGCGCCGGCGGCCCAUGCCUCCGUCGCGGCUGCCCCCGCGGCGCCAGUGCACCAUUUCUGCUACCAGGAAUCCAACGGUGGUGGCGGCGGCGGCGGUGGCGGUGACACGGACCGACGCGGAGCCGUACACCGCACCCCAUCACACUCCGGACCCGAUUUAGCGGUGGCGGCGCCGGCGCCGGCGCCGGCAGCGGCUUCUGUGUCUGGGUCCUAUGCAACGGCGCCCGGCGGUGGUGGCGACGCCGGCGGCGGCGGCGGCAGCGGCGACCAGGCGGCGGUCUGCAGCCUCACGGUUCGCGGAGGAUCGCCGUCGGCCCGCGGUCACACGCCGGCGGUAGCGGCGCCGCUGCUGCCGCCACUCCAUCCUUCCCUUCACCUCGAAGCCCAGCACCCGCACCCUUCCCAAGACCGCCACCCUCAUCAUCAUCAGCCGCAACAACAGCAACAGCAAUGGGCGGUGGGGGUCUUGAACGGCGGCCUGCAAGGAACAGGACCAGGCUCCUCCGCUGGGGGCGGCGGCGGCGCUGCCGCUGCUGCAGCCGGUACGGCUGCCGUAUCUUUAAGCCCCGCGGAGGCCUCCCGGCGGUUGCUACAGCUAUGUGCCACCACGCUACCGCCUCCGGCGGCCAAGGUGGAGCGGCUGUUGCAGGCGGGGGCGACGCUGACCUUCACCGACAAGUCCGGAAUGACAGCGCUCCACAUGGCCUGCUACUGGAGCCACCUGGAGGCCGCCCGGCUGCUGCUGGACCGCCAGCCCUCCGCCGCCGCCGCCGCCGACCGGGAGGGCCGCACCCCGCUGUGGGUGGCCAGCCAGCGGGGGCAUGCGGAGCUGGUGCAGCUGCUGGUGGGGAGUACGGAGGGGGGUAUGCAGGUGGACGUGGCGAAUGCGUCCGGCGUCACCCCUUUGCGGGUGGCUGCUGCUCAGGGCCACGUGCCGGUGGUGGCGGCACUGCUGGGGGCCGGGGCCAGUGUGGAGCUGGCAGACAAGGACGGCUUCACGCCCCUCUACGUGGCCGCGGCGCGCAGCCAGCUGGAGGUGGUCCGGCUGCUGCUGGCCGCCGCCGCACCGGUGGAUCGUACGGACAAGGCCCAGCGCACGCCGCUGUGGGCGGCGUUGCACCCUGGCGGCGCCGCCAAGGCGGAAGCGUCGCCGGAGCGCCGUGCAAGUGUUGUACGGGCGCUGCUGGCGGCGGGUGCUGACGUACACCUCCUGGCGGAUUCCCGCGACCGGGAGUACUGCUGGCAGCUGUUGGCGCAGAGCAUUGCGGCAGGGGAGUGA